UUUGUGAAACACCCCCCUGGUGUAAUAUUUUUCUAUACUGGAUGGAAUAUUAAGCGGUGUAUAAACCAAUUUCCGAUAUUUAAUAGACUUGAAAUGAAGGAAUGUGACAUCCCAACUGAGAUUCACCAGUUCACCAUCCGAAAGCAUAUCACGGGAUAGGCAAGCAUUUAUAUGACUUUGCUAAAUUAUGCCAUUGACUUCCUUUUCUAUUCAACGUCAACGAGAGCUGGUAUAGAUACAUCAAGAACACAAAACGCACUUUGAUCAAUAAUCAUCUCUUUGUUUGAGUCAUUGAAAAUGUUCGCAUAUUGAUCCUAUUUCGAUCGUUGGUCUACAUACUAAAAGCUAGCUAAUUAUAUACAUAAUAUACAGUGAUCCUUUCUCGAAUACGUUUGUGGUAAUGUUUGUGAUGGGUCUGGGGCCAGUUCCAUAUAGCUGAGCUGUAUUAUCAGAUUAUUUUGGUGUAUGAAGCGUGAUGGAUCAGUUCGGUGUCACACAUGGCCAGGGCUGGAUAAGAAGAUGCCAAUCCGCGUUGAGGAGUUCAAAAUACCUGCUGAACAUAUCUGUGCUUCUCUCGAUUGCCUUCAUGGUGUUCGUCUAUUCGAUAAAAGGUAAUUGGCUUCAACGCGGUGUGAGUACGUCUUCGGUAAAUCCCAUUCCCGAGUCCGGCUGGUAUGAGGCUGAGCCUGUCAGUGGAAAUAAUGAUGGGAGAAGAACCGAAGAACAUGGAGGUGUGCAUGAAUACCGUGCCGAACGUACUAUGAACACCAGGACAUUGGUCCAACUCAUGGCUGACCAAAGUGCCAGUCCGACAUUUUCUCUACUGGCCAAUGUUACACAGCAUAGGAAGGGCUUGCCAAAUUAUUACAUUCAUGGGUUGAGAUCUGGAAUGGGAGAGGAUUACGCUAAGUGCAACAUUGCUUUUGUGCACCUUCAUAAAGCAGGUGGGACAACAACUAAGGCGUUAUUUAGGAAAGCGCGUCGAAAAGCAAGAAUGAAUGAAGUUAAAAUGUCCAACCGUGUAACUACCAGCGAAUUUGACCGCUUCCUCCAGAAGGGACGUACACCCAAGCCGACACUCUUCUGGGGAGGUUUCAGCUUUGGCAUAUGUGAUGUAUUGCAUAAGAGGCCCUGCUCAUACAUGACAGUUCUUCGUAAUCCGUAUGACAGGAUCAUUUCGUCGUACUUCUUCUGUUUUACAAAAUACUCAUCACGUCUGUGCGGACCAGUGAGACCCAAAGACGUGUCCAUCACUGCUUGGGCGAUUCAUCAAGGCAGUCACUUCUUCAAUCUAGUUCUUGUGCACCCGGACACUUGUAGGAAUGACUCCAGUUCCGAUGAGUACGUAAAACUCUAUCAGGAUCACACGAAAGAUAUCAUCCAAUACGUGCAUCGGCACGAGGACACGUGUUGGUUUCGACAAAAAGCUCUUCAUAAAGAGGCCUUAACAAAAGAGCAGCGUCGUGCACUUCUACACUAUAUCCUUGAUAAUCUGGAGAACUGGUUCGCGGUAAUAGGAAUGUUGGAGGACUAUCGGGUAUCUCUAGAGCUCUUUGGAGAAGCUUAUCAAAUGAAUUUUACAGCUGAAUAUUCCGUUCCCCUUAACACGGGCGGGGCCAGAGUAAAAGAGGAAGAUACGACAAUAAAACAAAUGAAAAUUGACUUACUUAAUAGUGCAGAGGUAAGAGAAGCGUUGUAUGAAGAUAUUAUGAUUUACGAGAAGGCUCUAGAGAUCAUGAAACUUCAAAAAGAAGAAUAUUCUCGAAUAAAGAAUAUCGGAUGAGAGAUAAAAUAUGAGUAGCCCCCCCCCCCCCAUUAUGUUUAUGUCUUAAAAAGACGAAAUUUAAAAGUAUAAAGUUGUCAGAGGUUCGUUCAUUGAACUUGUAAAUAAUAAAAUAUGUAAAGCGCUUAGAGACGGUAUUCCGUAUAAAGCGCUAUAUAAAUCCUGAUUAUUAUUAUUAUUAUUAUUAUUAUUAAGGUGGAUAUAAACUGAUUAGAGUGGCGUGUAAUGGUAUGUUUUUCAAUAUUCUUUAGUGAUUCAAUUCCAUGCUUAAGUCAUACAUAAACAAUUAAUCUUCAGUACAAUAACCAAGAAACAGUUAGAACAUAAACAAAAUGAUGACAUGUUUAUCUCAGCUCUUCGAUUAAUUAUUUUUCAAUCGAAAUUUGGGUUCGCGCGUAUUAGUGUGUAUCAUAUAAGAUAAUUGCACAUUUGACACUCUGUUGCGUGGUCUGUGGUAUAGUUUGUUCGGGAGGGUCAAUCCAUCACGACAUAAUAGAUGUAUCACAAAACGAGAACUUUAAUAAUAAUAAAUAAUAAUAAUGAACAUUUGUAUAGCGCCUUUUCUACAAGUAGAUACAAAGCGCUUAAAACUUUAUAUCAUGAAGAUUUGUAUGCGAGCAAAUUUACACUCAAUCUAGAACUAAAUAGAAUUCAUUACUCGUUCUGAUUAGUGAACAAGGAAUGAUGAUAUUAAUGAUGAUAUUUAUAUUGAUAUGAAUGAUUAUAUUUACUAUUCAGCACCAAUAUCAACAUAUCGGUAUCGCUAAAAAGCAGUCAGUCCGCCGCAGAGCGUAUGCAAAUUAGGCUUUAGGUUCGAUGCGCAGAAUCCCGUUCCGCACGUACGUAAUCUCGUGGAUUCUCGUUUUGCGAGAUUUUGGCUGACUCGGGAGCAUAGCUAUCGCCGGAUAUUGGCCAAGCCCUGCCGACAGGGGCGCAUAAGCACCACGUGUCAUCAUAUGAAAUGACCAUAGAAGGCACUAUUGUAAUCAUCAAAGAAAAAUUAUUUCGAGCGAACGUUAGUGUUAUUGUUUUGUUUUUUGUUUUUUUGUAAAAUGAAUUUAU